AGGCUCUCCAACCAGCAGAGAUUCCUCUUUCCAGGACACAGAGACUGACUCCUCAGGGGCACCUCUGCUCCAGGUGUACUGUUAAAGGACCUGAGCAGCAGGAGGCAUUCCAGCCUGUGCUGCACUCACAAUCCUCCUCCUUCCAUGUGGAGUGUCUUGUGCCAAGUUUAAUUUUUUUUUUUCUCAGUCUUCCCUGAUCCUUACUGAAGCCAGAUUCCUCCUGCUGUCUGAACUUCACUGAAUAUUUUGGUUUUUAUGGACAAUCAAGGAAGCAAACUGCAGAACUAAUGAACUUGGAGGUGGAUUGUGUGCCCAGGGAGGAGAAGAUGGACAAGGAAGUAGCAGAGAACUUGUGCCUCUGUGAUUCCUGUAAAUCACAGUUAGCUCCAGCAGCUCAGGGGCUCAGCCCUUUCCCUGCUUUGAGGACCUGUUGUACAGUUCUGCUUCCUGCAUUGCCUGAGUGAACUUGGAUAGGGAAUAACUGUGGUGUCUCUGUGCUGGUGCUGAUGUUGAGGUGCAGGCUGAAUCCUGCUCUGCAGGGACCCAAAUCUCUAUGUAAAGUGCCUGUGUUGGUCCCACCAACCCAAAGUCUUCCACCCAUGGUGUUUUCAGUGGGCAGCUCUGCCUUUCCCUGCUGAGCCUUGGUGUCACCUGCUGCUGCCUGAGGAGAAGGUUCAGCUUUGUGGGGCUCAUUCAAUUUGUGCCUCUUGGCUCAUCCCCUGAUUCAGGGCCAGUGCUGGGGGCUGGGGUGGCUGCAGCAGGAGGAAGCUGCAUCUGUGGUGCUGCCACUUGGUUGUUUAUCACAAAGUAAACACGGCGAGCCAUGGGACUUGUUUGGAGCUUUGGGUGCCCUUGGACAUGGACAGAAAAUGCUUCAUUUAAUUCACCAGCCAUAGGAUAAACACACCCACUGGAUUUUGGGGAGAGGGAAGCCCAGACAGGCCCUGGGCUUCCGUGUGGACCAUGGUUUUGUGCCUUAGAUGGACUGGAAUGUGCUUCAGUUGGACUGAAAUGUGUCUUAAUUGAACUGAAAUGUGCCUUAGUUGAAAUGUGCCUGUAUUUUAUAGCUUGUGAUUGCUCUUCAGAGGUUUGGGCAGGGAGGAAGGAUUUAAUUCCUCUCAGGAGCUCUCAGGCUUCUUUAAAAGGCCAAAACCCUUUGAAAUGGACAGUUGCAGUCCCUGUUAGAGCCUGUUUCUGUAAAUCACUGGCUGUUUUCAGAGUGUGCUUCCAGGAAUCAGGGGCAUUACUGAGACCACACCUGGAGACACUGACAGAGAUAUUUGAAAGACGAAGGGAAGGGACCGAGCCUUGGAUUUGGCUUCCCCUCCCUGCUUUAUGUUCAAAGCUGUUGGUUGAUGAGAAAUCGAGUUCAUACAAGGGAAAGACUUGAAGCAAGGCCAGGCUGGGACUCCCAGGGGAGCUGUGUGAGGUCACCUCCCUCCAAAUGCUGCCCGUCCUGAGGGACCUGCUUGGCUUCUGCUUCUCCUGGGUUUGUACAUUGUUAUUUGGACAAGUUUCCUCAAAGCUGUGUGCUGAGGUUCACGUGGGUCACACUGACACAGCUCUGUGGGCUGAGCUGGAAACGAGGGGUGAGCUGGGCUUGCAGAGAGCUGCAGUCCCUGGUUCAGAGCAGAUCCACAUUUUAGUGGCUGGUCUGGGUGUGGAGAGUGAGCAUGUGGGAGUUAAACUAGCCAAAAAACCCCCAAACCCCCCAAAAACUCACCCUGAGGAAGACUGUCAACUCGAUGGUCCCUGAAGCUGGUUCACCUGUGGUGUCUUAUGGGAUUCUUUUGCACUCAUUGGCCUUAAAUAUUAUGGUUUGGUCUUUUUUA